AUGGAAGGUGAACAACGUGAGAAACGCAGUUUGAGUAACCGUAAAAUUAGGCGGAAUGAAAGUUUGCCAAAACGAAAGAAAUAUGAGAAAAUGGCGCAAUCAAGCAAUAGUAUUGUUGCUCAACAGCAGAUGAACAACGUCGGUAGUGAAAACAUCGGCCAAAGCAAAAGUGUUAAAGCAGUGCAAGGAGCUCCAAGUGCUACAGAGCCGACUCCUUCCAUUAACUUGGACAUUCAACGCAUUUCGAGACAUUUUCCAACAUUUUCCUAUCCUCUGGGUACUGCUCCUGUUGCUAUGGUUUCGGGCCUUUCUACAGUGAUUUCGAACGCUUCAGAUGCUGUGAAGCAGACUUCAAAUAAAGUGUCACGAAUUUCUCUUGGAACAACCCAAGGUGUUUCAAGCAAUCAAGAACAUACUCGUUUUAUCAGAGAUAUAUCCGGCGAUAAAGUAGCAGUAGGUGAACUGCAUGGGCGGAUCUCCGUUGCACUUCCAGAAUGCCGGGAAAAGUCAAGUGGUAAUCAGGAAAGAUUAAAUGGAUUGCAAACUCCUUUGCAAUCACCGAGAUUACAUGUGAAGUAUUGUAAUGAUCUUCUGAUGGCACCAAAGAAGCGUCGUUGUACUCGCAGUUACAGGAUGACAAAAACACCAGGGUAAUAUAUGUUAAGAUCCCUACUGUCAAAGAAUGAACCUUAGAGAGGAGAGGUAAAAAGAUUAUGCCUACAAUCAGUCAAAUUGAAGCAAAAGAUGUUUUAUAUAUUUAGAACGGAGUAAACAAAAAGAAUCG